AGUAAUGUCCGGGAAGGUUGUAGCUAUGUCCAUGGCUUUAUCAACGAGUUUUUAUUAAAUUGAAUAAACGGUGGUAAUGAGAUAAGUAGUAAUUUACAGAGUAUUUCCUCAGUAUGGAGCCGAUACACAAAGAGCUACUGAGAAAACACAGACUUCUGCUGGCGGACGAGCUGUUAGUCGGUGAUAGUAUCGUUCCGUUUCUGUACCAGGAGCAGAUUUUAACUCUGACUCAGGUGGAAACUAUCGAUUCACAACCGAGCAACAAACACAAAACCCUGAAGCUGCUUGACAUCCUGCCGACCCGCGGGCCCCGAGCCUUCGACUCCUUCCUGCGGUCUCUGGAGGAGGACUUCAGCUGGGUCCGGGACAAACUGCUGCUGGAGCUCCAGACGCGACAUGAACCCGAAACCGAGCCUGGACUCGAAUCUGGAUCCACGGACUUCUCCCUUCCUGAUGACUCCCUCCUAAAGGUUCCUUCAGACCGGGAGCUGUCCCGCCUCGCAGCCCAUCUCGGAACGGAGUGGGAAUCAGUUCUGUUGGACUUGGGCCUGUCGGCAGCAGCAGUGUCUCGUUGCCGUGCCGACAACUCUCUCAGCAUCCACGGGGCAGCACUGACCGGCCUGGUCCAGUGGAGGCGGUCUGAAGGGAAGAAUGCCACGGUGCAGCGGCUGCUUCAAAGCUUGCAGGCCGCUGACUUUCACCCGUCCAUCCUGCAGAACGUUCUGCUCUGACAUAUCCGGAUGUUACUUUUAGAACUGAGAGUGGGAUUCUGGUCUGGACAGGACAUGGAUUAAAUAACACAUCUACACAAAGGACUAGUGUGUCUGCAAACCCAUAAUGUGUUCAUCCGUUUCUCAUCACUCAGCUUCCUUUAGUUGUAACUAAUAAAACUCAUAAAUGUCAGUAAAACAUAAGGAUUUACAGACUUCUACAGGUGGAAAGCAGCUGUAAGAUUCAAGAGCUGCUUUGACAAACAUUGAUCUUAAGUAGAAAGUGAAAAGAAACUAAAAUUCCAGCGAGUGUUUUCUGGGAGCUGACAGUGAGCCGGGUCAAAUAGACCUCAAUUUUACAUAAAAUAAACUUUCUAUGGAGGUGCCUUUUUAAACCUAAUUUAAACCAUAUGUCUUUUUGCUAAAAAAAAAAAAAAAAAAAAAAAAAAAAAAA